CCUGCUUCCAGCUCACCAAGAAACCAAGCGACGCCUCUAGAAAAAGCAAGCCUAUAAAAGGCACGCUCUGUGGACUCGACCCAAUGGCGUUGCGUCACAUUGUUGCUCGGCACCGUUCUCUCUUCGCUAUAAAACCCCGGCUCUACCCUUCCAGCUUCACUACCGGAAUCGCUUCUCCUCCUCUGAAGAAGAAGAAGAAUAAGAAGACCGCUCGCCUCUCCUUCUCCGUAUCCGCUUCCUCAAUGGCUUAUCCUCCUAAGAAGGUUUUGGUCCCGGUGGCCAACGGAACCGAGCCGCUCGAGGCGGUGGUGACGAUCGACGUGCUGCGGAGGGCCGGGGCCGAGGUCACGGUGGCUUCGGUGGAGAAGCAGCUUCGCGUGGACGCGUGCCACGGCGUGAAGAUCGUCGCCGACGCUCUGGUCUCUGACUGCGUCGUCGCGGCCUUCGAUCUCAUCUCGCUGCCUGGAGGAAUGCCUGGUGCUUCUAGCCUCAGAGACUGUAAGAUUUUGGAAAACCUGGUGAAGAAACAAGCUGCAGAUGGCCGGCUGUAUGCUGCUAUCUGCGCAUCGCCUGCAGUGGCGCUAGGAUCAUGGGGUUUGCUGAAAGGAUUGAAAGCAACUUGUUAUCCAUCUUUCAUGGAGCAACUGUCAUCUUUAGCCACAGCUGUCGAAUCCAGGGUUCAGGUAGAUGGCAAAGCUGUUACCAGUCGCGGACCUGGCACGACUAUGGAGUAUGCUGUAAUCCUAGUUGAGCAAUUGUUUGGAAAAGAGAAGGCGGAAGAAGUUGCCAGGCCACUGGUGAUGCGCUCCAAUCAUGGCGAUGAAUAUCAUAUAUUGGAACUGAAUCCGAUGGACUGGACUUUUGAUCAAGGCCCUCAGCCUCAGAUUCUGGUACCUAUUGCCAAUGGCUCAGAGGAAAUGGAAGCUGUUAUCAUCAUUGAUGUUUUGCGGCGAUCAAAAGCAAAUGUUGUAGUGGCCUCUGUUGAGGACAAAGUUGAGAUUGAGGCAUCUCGCAAAGUGAAACUGGUUGCAGACAUGCUUUUUGAUGAGGCUUCUAAACUCUCAUAUGAUCUAAUUGUGUUGCCUGGAGGAUUGGGUGGAGCUCAGGCAUUUGCUAAGUGUGAAAAGUUAGUCCAUCUGCUGAAAAAGCAGAAGGAAUCAAAUAGACCAUAUGGAGCGAUAUGUGCAUCCCCAGCUUUAGUUCUGGAACCUCAUGGUUUGCUGAAGGGAAAGAAGGCUACAGCUUUCCCUGCGAUGUGCAAUAAGUUGUCAGAUGCGAGCAAAAUUGAAAACAGAGUGGUGGUGGAUGGCAACCUCAUAACAAGCAGAGGGCCUGGAACAUCCAUGGAAUUUGCAUUAGCUAUAGUGGAAAAGUUCUUUGGGCGCAGGAAGGCGUUAGAGCUCGCAAAGGCCUUGGUCUUUACUCAUCCCUAGAGCCCUUUUUGACUGCUUUCAUGUCAACUUGUAGAGCUGUGAAAUGCCUGAACUCUUAUGUUGGGGUAUGAGUUUAGUUUCGCCAGCCACGCAUGUAUGUACGAAUAAGGCAUGAAGUCAAGUCUUGAGUUACUUGUUGCGUGUAACCCUUUUGUAUUUAAUGUAUUCUCUUGCGGAUGUUUCUCGUGGA